UAUAGUGAAAGUGACAACAGGAAGUGUGUGUUUCCUCCUCCUCAGCAUCCUCCGGUCCUCCUCCUCCUCAGUCCUCCUCCAGCUGGUCGUCAUGGUGCAGAUGAUGGAGUCUCAGUGUGAGUACUUCAUGUAUUUCCCGGCGGUUCCCAUCACGGACCUGUCUGAUCCGGCUCGGUACCGGACUCUGCCCCGGAGGAGUCACCUUUACCUGGGAGAGACGGUCCGGUUCCUGCUGGUGCUGCGCUGCAGAGACACCGGGACCGGGACCGGGACCGGGACCGGGACCACACCGACCACCGAACACGGGCCCGGAGGCGGUGAUGGCGCUGCAGCCGGUUUUGGGACGGAGUCGGCCAGUAGCCGGGCGUGGAGGGAGCUGGCCGGCUCUCUGUGCGCCGUGGCCAGCGUGAGUCCAGGUGAAAGUAGCCGCCAUCGAGGCAACCACCACCACCACGACUAUCAGAGCAGCGGGGACGAGGCCAACGAGGACGGCGAGGAGGACUACAUUGCGGCCGCGGAGGCGGCCAUCGCAGCGCUCGGCAGCAGGGUGGACUCCCGGUGUCGGAGCUUCAGGGACUGCAAGCCGCUGCUCAUCCACAACUCGUCUGGGACGGCGGCGAGGGAGUUCCGCAGGGCGCCUGUUCAGUCUCCUCUGGACGAGCCGGUGGUUUUGACAGAUGAAGUGAUCUUCCCCCUCACCGUCUCUCUGGACAAACUCCCCGUCAGCACCCUGAAAGUCAAGGUGAUGGUCACAGUGUGGAAGAAGGAGGCGGAGAAAGCUGAGGUGCAGGAACUCGGCUACCUGAGCGUCCUGCAGCAACGAGAGCCAACACACACCUUCAGACACGACCUGAACACCUUCAAGGCUCAGGUGAGCACCACGCUGACCGUCCUGCCACCUCCCACCGUCCGCUGUAAGCAGAUGACCGUCUCUGGGAAGCACCUCGCCGUCCUCAAAGUGUUGAAUGAGUCCUCUCAGGAGGAGGUGAGUGUUCGGGAUGUUCGGAUCUUACCGAACCUCAACGCCUCCUACCUCCCCAUGAUGCCAGACGGCUCCGUGCUGCUGGUGGACAACGUGUGCCACCAGUCCGGUGAGGUCGGCAUGGCGUCGUUCUGCCGGGUGGACAGCCUGGCCUGCCGCCUUCCCAGCAUGCUCAGCGCUUUGGAGGAGCACGAUUUCCUGUUCCAGCUGCACCUCAACGACAUGCCGCAAGACGACUCCAACGAGGGGCUGGAGGUUCCUCUGGUCGCUGUGCUGCAGUGGUCAACUCCCAAGAUGCCUUUCACCAACUGUAUCUACACCCACUACAGGUUGCCCAGUAUCCGUCUGGACGAGCCUCGGUUCGUCAUGACGGCCAGCUGUCCGAGCACCGUCAAGGUGAAGGAACACUUCAAGGUCAAAUACGUUCUGCUCAACAACCUGCAGGACUUCCUGGCCGUACGGCUCGUCUGGACUCCGGACGGUCGAGGUCAGGUUGACGACGCGUCGCUGGCGGCCGUCGUCUGUCACACUCCUCUCAGUAACCUCGGCCACUGUCGGAAAGGCAGCACUCUGUCCUUCAGCGUGGCCUUCCAGAUCCUCAAACCAGGACUCUACGAGCUCAGUCAACACAUGAAGCUGAAGCUCCAGUUCACGGCCUCGGUGUCCAACCCUCCACCUGACGCCCGGCCGCUCUCACGUAAAAACAGCCCGUCCAGCCCGGCGUUCCGAGACCUGCUGGACCGACACCAGGCCAGUCUGGGUCGAUCCCAGUCCUUCUCCCACCAGCAGCCGUCUCGAUCCCACAUCAUGAGGACGGGCAGCGCCAUGGAGCGGCGGGCCAUCACUCCUCCCGUUGGCUCUCCGGUGGGCCGGCCACUCUACCUGCCGCCGCAGGACAAAUCGCUGCUGUCGCUGGACAAGAUCGCCAAGAGGGAGUGUAAAGUCCUGGUGGUGGAUCCGGUCAGCUAGGGAGCAAGGAGGGAAGGAUGCAAGGAUGCAAGGAUGCAAGAAUGCAAGGAGAUGAAAGGACAAGGUGGAGGAGGAAGAGGCAGCUUCUCUUCAUCUCCCUGAAACAGAAGCUGAAACCAUUUUAAUUUAAACAGGAAGAAGAAGCAACGUGUCCUGAUGAAGAACUGAGUUUACAGGCCACGCUUCUUUAAAUGACAUAUUAAUGUAUUAUCAUGUUUCUGUAUUAUUUAACGGGUGAGAUAGAAACACACAGUUCUUCUUUGAUGAAUUCACCUUUUGGGUCGUUCUAUAAUUGGAGGAUCGUUUCACAUAAACAAAAAAGUAAAAAAAUAGGGCUGUCAAUCGUUUAAAAUAGUUAAUCGCACACCUUAAAGGGAGAUUAGUCAAGUAUUUAAUACUCUUAUCCACAUGGGAGUGGACAAAUAUG